AUUCAAGGUGCUCUUUAAAUUGGUAUAGUAGAAAAUAUAAACGUCGACGUUUGUUCUGCCGCUGGUGUAGAAGUUCACCAUUUGCUGAGCUUUUGCAGCGAGACCUGAAACCCGAGGAGAAUGGGCAAGCAGAACAGCAAGCUGCGCCCUGAGGUGCUGCAGGACCUGCGGGAGAACACCGAGUUCACGGACCACGAGCUGCAGGAGUGGUACAAGGGCUUCCUCAAAGAUUGCCCCACAGGACACUUGACUGUGGAAGAGUUCAAAAAAAUAUACGCCAAUUUUUUCCCCUACGGCGACGCCUCGAAGUUCGCAGAGCACGUGUUCCGCACGUUCGACACCAACGGCGACGGGACGAUUGACUUUAGGGAAUUUAUCAUCGCUCUGAGCGUCACCUCCCGGGGCAAGCUGGAGCAGAAGCUGAAGUGGGCCUUUAGUAUGUACGACCUAGAUGGCAACGGGUACAUCAGCCGUGGCGAAAUGCUAGAAAUAGUGCAGGCAAUCUACAAAAUGGUUUCAUCGGUAAUGAAAAUGCCAGAAGAUGAAUCCACUCCAGAGAAGCGAACAGACAAGAUCUUCAGACAGAUGGACACAAACAAUGAUGGUAAACUGUCCCUGGAAGAGUUUAUUAAAGGUGCCAAGAGCGAUCCUUCUAUUGUGCGAUUGUUACAAUGUGAUCCGAGCAGCGCAAGUCAAUUCUGAUUAAACUGGACAGUUUGCAAAGAGAAUACCGGCUUGUCGUUCAAGCUUUGCUCGCAAAUGGAUGCCUUCUCAAUCAUUCCUCAACAGUUAGCGGAUAGGAUCCCAUUGCCAGAUUGUGUGUGUCUGAGUGAAAUGGCCCUCGCUCCUCUCACUAACACCAGUGCAGCUCUCCUUUGGCAGCUCCAUUUCUGCUUCCCCAUAAUGUUAUGAUUCACUCUACACAUGUAACGUUAAUUGAACGGUAUGUUUACAUGCAGAUACAAAGAGUUCAAAUCGCUGAUGAGAUACCACUUCACUUAGUCUGUAAGAAAGAUGACGUUCUCGUGGUCCCAAGGAGAUGCUAGGUAGGACUUUUAUCCAACAUAGCGGAUGGUCGAUAAUUUAUUUUGCUUCAGAAAUGACUAUGUAAAAAGUGUGGACUGAAUGGAGUAGAAAGUUCAAAAAAAAGAAAAAAAAAAGAAAAAAAACAGCUUUCCUGGGCAUGGUUCCAAUUUUCUUUUUGAGGAAAAUUGCUUGCACUUAUCUAAUGGUCUUUACUUUCUUUUAAUAUAUAUAUAAAUUAUAUAUAUAUGGUGAAGUAAAAUUUUAAAUAUUUAGGUCAUCUAUUUAAGGCAUAAAAUAGAAUCCAAGCUUUGUUUCUUCUAGUUGUCUGUGAUUUAUUCAAAUCUUGGAGAUUGUUUUUUGUGAUAUUUAUGCAUUAGCAAAUUGCUGUUCAAAAAGAAAUGCAUGACUAGCAGUUUGUGGAUAUUUCACUCUGUUUAAUUACUGAAUGCAAAUAUUUGUUCAUUUUUACUGUUGAUUGUUCCAGCAUUACUAUAUUAACAAAAGAUCUGAAAGGAGUAAUCCUAAUUUUGUAUUUCUCAGUGGAGUCCUACUUUCUGGUGGUUGCUGCAUUAAAUGGCUUUUGAGUGAAAUGAGGUGACGUGACUCGCACUGCUGUCCUCAACUUUGCUACACCUUCUACCUUUUGCUGUCAAAAUGUUAAUAGUCUUGUGCAUUCCAGUGUUAUUUAAUAUCUGCCUAAUGCCAAGAAAUAAUAAUUGAAAUAAAAGACUACUUUUCUUGUCAA